CCCACCGACUUUGUUGUUUUGGUUCUGGGCACAGCAGCAGCAGCAGCAGCAUUAGCGCUAGAGGCAGCAUCUGGCGUUGGCGAUGGAGGGCUACGGUGUGUUCCUGGGGCUGCUGGGCUCCGCGGUGUCGGUGGGCUUCCUCUCGGUGCUCUUCGCCCUGGUCUGGGUGCUCCGCUACCGAGAGGGGCUGGGCUGGGACGGGGCGGCCGCCAAGUUCAACUGGCACCCGGUCCUCAUCCUCACCGGGUUCGUCUUCGUCCAGGGCAUCGCAAUUAUUGUGUACAGGUUACCAUGGACCUGGAAAUGCAGCAAAUUCCUGAUGAAAUUAAUCCAUGCUGGGUUAAAUAUGAUUGCUCUGAUUCUUGCAAUUAUUUCUCUGGUGGCUGUUUUUGAUUUCCAUAAUGCUAAGAAGAUUCGUAAUAUGUACAGUCUGCACAGCUGGAUUGGAUUGACUGCUGUCAUUCUUUAUGCUGUACAGCUUGUUCUAGGUUUUGCAGUCUUCCUGCUUCCCUUUGCUCCUCCUUCUCUUCGGGCAACCAUUAUGCCAAUACAUGUUUAUUCGGGUCUUCUCAUUUUUGGAACAGUGAUUGCCACGGCACUCAUGGGAAUUACAGAAAAACUUAUUUUUGCUUUGGGACCAACUGGAUACAGCAGUUCCCCAGAAGAAGCACUGUUUGUCAACACGCUUGGGCUUCUCAUUUUGGUUUUUGGUGCAAUUGUUUUGUGGAUGGCAACAAGGCCACACUGGAAGCGCCCGGCAGAACAGAACUCAAAACUCCUACAGCGAAAUGGGAGAACACUUGAUGGUAAUGAAGAGGGAUCAGCGAUGACAGACUACAGCAAUGCAGAUAAGCUGGAUGUGGAAUGCAGUGGUGAGGCUGCAGCUAGAAAGCGAAAUGCCAAACUUGAUGAAGCUGGACAAAGAUCAACCAUGUAAAGACAGUGGCUGUCAUAGCAGGACAUCUUGCAGCAUGGCAAGGACUAUCUUCUUUUUGUGAAGCAUGAUAUGUAUUGCUUGCAUUAUGCUGUUUGGCAUUUCCAAAUAAUUGAUAAUACUUGGUUAAUUUUUUUAGUUUUGGAAGAAUCCAUGUUUAUUGCUUGACUGUUCUUAUUAUAUUUUUGGAUCAACUGAGACAAGGACUGAAAUGCAACAUGUUAGUUUGCCAUUCGUUGAUGGGCAGUUGUAUUUGCUUCUGACAAAACGCCUGGAAAUUUGCCAGUGACAUUUUAAAGUGCUUGGUGGCUUUGUAAAAUUUCUCUAGAAAUAGUAUCAGUAAUGAACAGUAAAGAGAAAAUGCAGAUACUGGAAGAAAGCUAAUUUGAGAUGGGGUGCAGAGAAGUACACAACAGUUUGCUUAAAACUCUCCAAAGCAUUUUUAGCAGUUUUCUAAGAGUAUUGCUAAGAGUAUUUAUUCAUGUAGAAGGAGUGUGUAGGGUAUGGGCCAUGGGCCACUUGCAGCCCUUCCCAGUGCUUCUUGCCCCACCCCCAAGAAACAAGAUUUGGGGUCAAAAAGUUCCAUUGAAUAAUGGCCAGUAGCACCCCCAAAGCCUCUGGCAAUUUUGCUACAUCUGGAGACCUUCUGAACCAUCUUUUUCUAAAAGACACAAAUGAUGCUUUUUCCAAACAGGAAGUAGUUGUCUGUCUCUGGGGUUUAGAAUGUGCUAUUGGACAUUUUUAGCCCUCAAAAUUUGACACCCCCAUUGGGAUAGACAGGUGGUGAAAUGGGGGUAUGUGACCCUCCAGCAUCCCAUAACAGCGUUGUCCCCAGAUCAAACAAGUGCUAUCGCAGUUGUCUUCCUAAAAAACUGCUGCACAAGUAGAGAUUGGCACUUCUGACUGUAAACAUAACACACCUAGCAAGCCGUAGGUGUCCUGUUAUGCUUUGUUUAGGAAUUCUUUAAGCUAAAACAACUACAGCAUCAUAAUGCGAUUAACAAAUCUGGCUUUAUAAUUAAGCUAGAAAGUAGGGCCAUAUAGAGACCGGCACUUUGUGCUGGCCUGUGUGCGGAAUCAGGGCAUGCUGGAUGCCCUGACUCUGCCCCCAGGGCAUCAUGAUGCCAUGCAGUGUUCCAGUGGCAUCAUGGCGUGACUCCGAUGCUGCAUCCAGAUGAUGAAGCACCGAAGGGGCGUCAUACAGCUGCAUUGCCACAGCUAUGGCGCCCUUUGGAGGGCACAAAAAGGCCCGUGGCAUGAGGCUGCCACAGCCCUGAUCUGGCCAGGAAAGGGGCAGCUGCAGGCUGCCCCUUUGGGAUGGUCUGUAUAGCCCCUUACUUGUUAAAGGAGUUCUUUUUGGCAGCAAUAGCAAUUCAAAAAAUGCCAGAAUUUGGGUAGGUUGGCUUAUGAUCUCAGAGAAGCUUCAGUUUUAACAGUAUUGUUGAAAUUACUAUAAAAGUUACAGCUUUCCAGAAGGACUGGCUGUUUUCAGUUCUAUGUGCAAUUUGGCAUGAGGCAUAAAACAGGAAAUGUAGGGAGGUUUGUCAAAUGUUGUACAUGUAUAUUUUAGAAAUUUUCAGGGUCUGCAACUCACAGGGAAAUGUGAUUUGUAGAAAAGAUCAUAAUUGGAACUGCAAAUUGGGGGCCAAACCUGCUGUUUCAUGUGUCUCUUUUUAAAGAUCCACUAGUAUUAUUUCACCCACUUCGGCAAAAUUCCAAAAGUGAACACACUGGUUUGAACUUGUUAGUAUUCUUUUCAUUUUUAAUCUUUUAUAUUCAUUUCAGAACACCUUUACUCUAUGAUGCUGAUGGGAAUUAACAGUAUAAAGCAUUUUAACAACCCUAGGCUUCAGUUCAAAUAGUCCAGUUUCACCAUUCUAACUAGUACACCAGGUCUCUUCCAGAAAAAGCCAAGCAAAGAUUUUGCAUGGAUUCAGGUGGUCAAACACUAAACUGUAUGCAUUAAUGCCAUUCUCCUGAGCAGGCCCCCUGUGGGGAGGAGGAAGCAAAUAACUCCUGUGAACCUUCUGUGCUAGAAAUCUUGUUUGCACACGUGAGCAGCUAAUUUGCUGGCAGAAAUAAAGCUUCCCCCAAUAUGAGGAAAACAUUGAAGGUAAACUAGAAUGGGUGAUGAUCUGUCUUUCCAGACUACAUUAUUAUAGCUUUACCACAAUGGCUCCAUCCUGCAAAAUUGUGAACUAUGCAGUAGAGCUUUCUAGCAGAGAAUUGUAAGAACCUAACCAACCUGUAAAUACCAGAAUUCCACAGGAUGGAAUUGUAGCACAGUAAUUGUGCAGUAUGGACUUGAACUCCCAGAAGUCCCAACCAGCAAAGCCAGUGGAAAGCAACUAGGAGAGUUCUCUACCCUUUUCCUGGCAUAUCCUCCAUGGCUAAUUUCCAUUAUACCAACUUCUGAGAAGUGAUACUCCCUGUCAUUUGAUCAGUAUUGAUGUCUGGUGGGGGAAUCUAAGGCCAUCUUAUGACUGCCAGGAAAUUGCCAAAUAUAUUGGCAGUCUCCAGUUUUGGCAAGUAUUCGAGUGCUGAAAAUAUGCUAGCCUUCCUUCUGAAAACAAAAUGGCUGCAUUUUCCUUUUUUUAAUUUGUUUCAGUGGUUGCAUGAAAUUGGUGGCUGACUGUACAACAGCUAUAUAUAGACUUCUCGUUAAAGUUGACACAUAUCAUAUUGUAAAUAAGAAUGAAUUGUAUAUGUAAUAAUUAUAACCUGACUCUUUGUAGAGGGAAUCUUACCAGAUACUAUCAGGUACUUUAAUUGCCAAAGAUAUUCUAUGUAUUUGAAAUUUGAAUAUUUGCCAUUUGUUGCGCUUAUUUUGCAGAGCAAAAGGAGGUAAAAGUUUUGUAACUAUUUUUUAUAAUGCAAUAAAGGCUACUUAAGUCUA